CGGUUUCUUUCACCUCUUCAUUUUGGGAGUUUAUCACGCAUUGUCCGAUGAUGCUCAUGUCGUGUAUUUAAAAAAGCAAGUUGUUCUUUCGUUGUCAAUGGAAAGCCAAUUUGGCUUCGCAAUGCUUUUCAGGGUUUUAAGAUUUGACAAACCGGCUUUUUAAAAGUUUUCUGGUGGAUUACAGGUUGGAGAAGGGUUUCCCGGAUUGUUUAAUGCUUUAAGAUUUCUAGUGCAGGGUUUGCUGCAAUUUUUUUCUUUUCUUCCUUGAUCUUGAAUUGAAGGCGUUGUGAAGAAUCCAAAAUUUUCUACUUUGUUGUUUAGGAUCGCUUAAAAUAGCAUUUUGAUUGUUUGGAGGAGGGAAUAAAGUUUGAGGAACCGCAAAGAUGGAGGUUUUUGCGCGUGCUGGGCUUCUCUUUUCUGCGGAUUCUGCUUCCUUAAAACAAGGUGGCGAUGUUUGUGGUCCUGCGGGAGUGCUCUGCUCGUCCACACGUUCGAAUCAUUUGCUUGUUAGCUUAGUCAGUUUGCUCCUAGCUGUCGCAUUCUUGAUCAAUUUCUUUAUCAAGGCUGCCUUGUCAAGGAAUGUUAGACUGCGACCUCUCUUCAGUUUCUCUUCACCGUUGGAAACAACCUGCUCGGCUCUCAAUGGAAGUCUGGGAUUGGUAUACUUAGGAGUUUUUCUAACGAUAUUGGAAGAGAAAUUAACAAAAAGGCCUGGCCUUUAUCCUCUCCAUUCAUGGCUUGUAGUUCUAUAUAUAGGUUUAACUUGGCUGAUCGCAUGCAUGAUGGUGAGCAUGCGAGUAGAGUUGCUAGGAGAGAUCUUUAAGAAAGUAUGGUGUGUAGCCUUUACUUUGCUUGAUGGAUUUCUCUGUGUAUCUUCCAUUCUAGAUUUAGUUGUAGUGAAGAGAAGAUCCAUCAAACUAUUUGUAGAUAUCUUCUCUUUGCCAGAAGCAAUUUUUAUGCUUGUGUUGGUCAUGAAGAUGAAAAAACCUUCACAGAAUUCUAGCAGCAUAAACAGUUCUUUGUAUGAGUCUCUUAAAUCUGAAUAUGACGGCGACUUAGUUGAUUUAGAUGAUCAUGCUUCAAUUACACCUUUUGCGAAAGCUGGCUUCUUUAGUAAAUUGUCAUUCUGGUGGUUGAAUCCUUUGAUGAAGAAAGGCUAUGAGAAGCCAUUAGAGGAGAAAGAUAUUCCUUCGUUGGGGAAAGAUGACCAAGCGGAGACGCGCUACUCCUUGUUUCUGGAGCAGUUGAACAAGCUAAAACAGAAGCAGCAGACUGUUUCUCCUUCUGUUUUAAGGGCUAUUGUGUGUUGCCAUUUAGAUCAAAUUUUAGUAUCAGGGUUCUUCGCACUGCUUAAGAUUCUAACACUCUCUGCAGGUCCUAUUCUACUAAAAGCUUUCAUUAAGGUAUCAUUAGGGAAAGGAACUUUUAAAUAUGAAGGUUUUGUGCUGGCCAUCGCUUUGUUUCUGGCAAAAAUAUUAGAGUCCUUAUCACAGAGGCAGUGGUACUUCCGAACCCGAAGGUUAGGUCUGCAAUUGAGGUCUUUGUUAUCAGCAGCCAUUUAUCAGAAGCAACUCAAGCUGUCAAACUCAGCUAAACUUCUCCAUUCUUCUGGAGAGAUAACGAACUAUCUCACCGUCGAUGCUUACAGAAUUGGUGAAUUCCCAUUCUGGUUUCAUCAAACUUGGUCGACUAGCUUCCAACUCUGUAUAGCCUUAUUAAUUCUCUAUAAUGCUGUGGGCCUUGCAACUGUAGCAGCCAUGGUUGUCAUAAUCCUUACUGUGCUCUGCAAUGCCCCGCUGGCCAAGCUGCAGCACAAGUUUCAGACAAGACUCAUGAGUGCUCAGGAUGAGAGACUGAAAGCUUUGUCAGAAGCUUUGGUGAACAUGAAAGUACUGAAGUUGUAUGCUUGGGAAACACAUUUCAGGAAGGUUGUGGAAGGCUUGAGAGGGGAAGAGUGUAAGUGGCUUAAAGCUUUUCAGCUUCGGAGAGCUUAUAAUAGCUUCUUAUUUUGGUGUUCCCCUGUUCUAGUAUCUGCUGCUACGUUCUCAGCCUGCUAUCUCCUUAGAAUUCCUCUUAAUGCGAGUAAUGUAUUUACUUUUGUGGCCACAUUGCGCCUUGUUCAAGAUCCGGUUAGACAAAUUCCUGAUGUUAUUGGAGUGAUCAUACAAGCCAAGGUUGCGUUUGGUAGAAUAGUUAAAUUCCUCGAUUCGCCUGAGCUGAAAACGAAAAGGUACAGCGUGAAAAUGAAGAAAUCAAUAGUGAUAAAUUCAGCUAGCUUUUCAUGGGACGAGCAUUUUUCAAAGCCUAACUUGAGGAAUAUAAACCUCGAGAUCUCUACCGGCGAAAAGGCGGCAAUUUGCGGGGAGGUUGGAUCAGGAAAAUCGACUCUUUUGGCGGCGGUCCUUGGAGAAAUAACUAAAACAGAGGGCAUGGUUCAAGUUUCUGGAAAAAUUGCUUAUGUUUCCCAGACAGCUUGGAUUCAGACUGGAACUCUGCGGGAGAAUAUUCUAUUUGGGUCCCCAAUGGAUGAACGAAAAUACCAUGAAACGCUGAAAAGAUGCUCAUUAAUUAAGGAUAUUGAGAUGUUGACUUUUGGAGAUUUAACCGAAAUUGGGGAAAGGGGAGUUAAUCUGAGCGGCGGACAGAAACAGAGAGUUCAGCUUGCCCGUGCUCUUUAUCAGGAUGCGGAUAUAUAUCUUCUUGAUGAUCCUUUCAGUGCUGUUGAUGCUCAUACUGCCAGCAGCCUUUUUAAUGAAUAUGUGAUGGGUGCUCUUUCGUCCAAGACUGUGUUGUUAGUAACACAUCAAGUGGAUUUUCUUCCGGCAUUCAACUCUAUUUUGCUGAUGUCAGAUGGGGAAUUUAUUUCUGCUGCUCCUUUCCAUGAAUUAUUGGCUUCCAGCAAGGAGUUUCAGGAACUUGUCAAUGCCCACAAAAAUACUGUUGGUGCUGAAAGGCUUGAUCAACUGGAUUCUAAUAAAAGAAACAAAUCAUCUAUCAUGGAGAUCAAUAAUGAUGAUGGGGGAAAACAACCAAUGACCAAAGACACAAAUGGAGCAGAGCAGCUGAUUAAGAAAGAAGAAAAAGAAGCUGGAAACACUGGAAUGAAACCUUACUUGCAGUACUUGUCUCAGAACAACGGUUUUUUGUUUGCCUCACUAGCUGCACUUUCUCAUGCCAUAUUCAUGGGUGGUCAGAUUUCCCAAAAUUCAUGGAUGGCUGCUAAAGUUCAAGACCCAGAAGUGAGCAUGCUAAAAUUGAUUUCAGUGUACUUGAUGAUAGGAUUUGGCACCGUCUUUUUUUUGUUAUCCAGAUCCAUAUUUGUUGUCGUUCUGGGCAUGGAGUCAUCAAGAUCUCUGUUUUCUCAGCUGCUAAACUCUCUGUUUCGUGCACCAAUGUCGUUCUUUGACUCCACGCCUCUGGGAAGAAUUCUUAGUCGGGUCUCCUCUGACCUUAGUAUUGUGGAUCUGGAUGUGCCAUUUGCCUUAAUUUUUAGCUUCGGCGCCACAUUUAAUGCCUAUAGCAACAUUGGUGUGCUUUCUGGUGUUAUAUGGCAAGUUUUGUUUGUUGCUGUACCGUUGGUCUACCUUACUCUUCGUUUACAGAGGUACUAUCUAGCUUCAGCAAAAGAGUUGAUGAGAAUUAAUGGAACCACUAAAUCUCUAGUAGCAAAUCAUCUUGCUGAAUCGGUAUCAGGAGUGGUGACAAUCAGAGCUUUUGAAGAGGAAGAUAGGUUUUUUGCUAAAAGCUUGGCUCUUAUUGACAAAAAUGCCAGUCCCUAUUUCCAUAACUUUGCUGCAAGUGAGUGGUUGAUCCAGCGUUUGGAGACCAUGAGCGCUCUUAUUCUUUCUUCUUCAGCUCUUGUCAUGGCUAUACUUCCUCCAGGAACUUUCAGCCCGGGUUUUGUUGGGUUGGCGCUAUCUUACGGCCUAUCCUUAAAUAUGUCACUUGUUUUCUCAAUACAAAAUCAGUGCAUGCUCGCAAAUUACAUCAUCUCCGUCGAGAGGCUAAAUCAAUACAUGCAUGUUCCAAGCGAAGCUCCCGAAGUCAUUCGAACCAACCGACCCACACCCAAUUGGCCGGCUUUUGGUCGUGUAGAGUUCCAAAAUCUUCAGAUCAGAUAUAGGCCAGAUACUCCUCUUGUUAUUCAGGGGAUCAGUUGCGUUUUUGAAGGAGGAGACAAGAUUGGAAUUGUGGGGAGGACCGGAAGUGGGAAGACCACGUUGAUCGGGGCUUUGUUCCGGCUGGUUGAACCGGCCGGAGGGAGGAUUGUUAUAGAUGAGAUUGAUAUUGCUGAAAUUGGCCUGCAUGAUCUAAGAUUGAGAUUUGGAAUUAUUCCUCAGGAUCCCACCCUGUUCCAUGGGUCUGUAAGAUAUAAUCUUGAUCCAUUGGGACUGUAUGAAGAUCAGCAAAUAUGGGAGGUUCUGGAUAAAUGUCAACUUCGAGAAGCUGUCCUAGAGAAAGGAAGCGGUCUAGAUUCAAUAGUGCUUGAAGAUGGAUCAAACUGGAGCAUGGGACAGCGACAGCUAUUCUGCUUGGGCCGAGCAUUGUUAAAGAAAAGCCGCAUACUGGUGCUCGACGAGGCCACAGCAUCAAUCGACAAUGCCACCGAUGCCAUCCUCCAAAAGACUAUAAGAACAGAAUUUGCAGACUCCACGGUCAUUACUAUUGCCCAUAGAAUUCCAACUGUGGUGGAUUGUACUAAGGUUCUUGUCAUUAGUGAUGGGAAGAUGGUAGAGUAUGAUGAACCAGUGAAACUCAUGAACACAGAAGGAUCUCUGUUUCGGGAGCUCGUCAAUGAAUAUUGGUCCCACACUGCAAAUGUAAAUGUGUAGUUAGCACGUAGAAAGACGACUUAGAAGCUUUUUGCGAGUUCAAACGAAGUUGCUGUUGAGCUUUACGCUCGAAGUUUAUUGUGCAUAUUGCAGCUAUUGAGAAUGUGUGCAUGAAGUUGGGAGGGAGGCUUAAGUGCUCCUUUAUUGAUGCUGAGCAGCGUUGUGUAGAGUUUUGCAUGGAUAGAAAUAUUUGAAGGAAUUUGCAUGCUUUUGUUUAUCUAUUUUUAAAUUACAUAUUGUAUUUAUCAUAGUUGAUGAGCUCUCAUUUUAUAUGUGAAAUUAAAAUUUUGUGUAUUUACAAGUCUCUGGUUUAUAAAGAGGCCUGUGCUUAAAAAGUAUGAUUUUCAAUGUAAAAUGAAUGAUGUUAACAAUUCUGCUAUGAGGAAUUGUUUAUUGAA